UUGGUCCAUCGAUGUGUAAGUACAGAUACAUAUGUUCGUGAAUAUAUAUCAUUGCGAUACCACAAGCUAAGGUCACGUGGUUCACUCAUCGUGUAUUUCACGCUGAUCAUUUCAACCCGUGCGGUUGGUCUAAUCGGUACUAGUUGAACGCACAGUAUACAAUUUGAUUGAUUCUAUACUAAUAUUUCAAGAUUAAUCUCGGAUGAUCUGGUAUCGAAAAUAUAGUUCAAAGUUAUUGUUGUGCUUUUCUCAUAAGAAACAUGUAUACUGUAUCAAAAGGACCUAGCAAGAUAGCCGCUAAGACACGAAGAGGGAUUAGUCAGAACCUUGAGAGGCUGGAAACUUUGCGUGAUUUAACGAGAAAAGCAGAUCCUGAUGAUGACCACGAGACCACCCGCCAUGUGCCAAAACCAGUCUUUCACAUGAAUGGAAAAUCUAAAUUCAGUUCACAGAGGCAUCAAAUGCAAGAAGUUAUUACACCUCAGCAUGAAGAACUUAUUAAAUUUGUCUAUGAAUCAUGGAAUCAAGUUAAUACACGACAAAGAACUGAGUCUUCUGAUGGUUCAGAUUGUUCAGAACCUUCCAGUCCUAGUUCUAUAGUGUAUUACAAUGAUGGUGAACCAAAUGAUACCCUCCAAGAUUUUAAACCAUUUGAUUUGGAAUCAUGGUGGGGUAAACGAUUAUUUAAUAAUAUCACAAAGUCACUUUGAAAGACACAGAAAUUUAUAACAGUUAUGGAAAUACAUCUUGAAGUAGUACAGAAUGGCAAACAGUGCUAAAGAUUAGCCUGUUUUGUAAUUUAAAAGUAAUUGAAGAAUUAAGUGAAUAACUGUGUAGAAUUGAAUCUAAAAAUUAGAAAUUAACAUAAUUUGUUGGAUACCACAGUUGCAAUUGACGAAUUUAAACUGUUGUAGAAUUCAUACAUAAUUAUUUGUUACAACGAAUUUCUUGUAUGAAAUAUCAACUUUUUAUUAUACAUGCAACUUUAAAAAUUAAUUUGUUUGGAACUUUAAAUACAUAUACAUAUGUAACUAUAGAACAGCAUUUUUUUGAAUAUUGUAAGGGAUUAUGAUUGGUAACUUGCAUGAGCUUAAAUAUGCAUUAUUAUCAACACUAUCCUUGAAUUGUGAUAUAACAAUACACAUAAAUUAUACAUUUCUGUUUGAAGCUGUUCCAAAAUUUUGAUUAAUGUAAAAUUGUACAGAAAAUUUGUUCAAGUUCAGAAGAUAUUGCAAAUUUAUAAAUUAACCGGUGAAAAAUUAAUGUAAUACAAAGUACGAUUGCUAUUUCCGUUUGUAGAUUUUUAAAGUAACGCAGGUAAAGAUACAACUCAUAAAUACAUACCAGAUAGGGUUAGGCAAACAUAGAAAUCCCUGCGUGGUAUGAAUGCAGCGUGAAAAUAAUGAAUUUUUAAGCAUAGAAUGAUGUACAUAUUACAUGCAUUGUUUGUGUGAAUGCAUGACUACACUGCUGAUAUUGUUAUGACAAAUGUAUCUAAAUACAUUUAUAUAAGCAAAUUUUAGUAUAACUUUGUAGACUGAUAAUGUUUAAGGUUGUUACAUGAUUAUUAGACAAGAUAAACCUUGUCACCAAUGUAUUUGCAACCUUUGCUUUCAAAGUUCUUAUUUCAUAUUGAUCUGACUUAAUCUUAUCUAAUUAUUACAUUUUUACUUUAAGUAUUAAAAAAAAUGAUUAUCAAAAAUUUUUAUAUGAAUUGAUACUUUUGAAAAGCAGAGUUUGCAAAAGUAGUCAAAAUGUAGUGCAACAUUCGGCCAUUUAAGGCUGAAUCAAGCAGUUAUAAAUAAAUACAUCUUUAUAUA